UAUGUGUGCAAAUAGACAUACACAUACACACACACACACACAGCCAUGCAAUGCAGUGGUGCAGUCGCACCUCGCUGCAUAUUGCCUGCUGUGAAUCAGGAGAAACCGUGUGUGGAGAACAAAGGAUCUGAAGGAACGCAGGACCGGAGCAGUGUGUGUGCGUGUGUGUGUGUGUCGUGGGGGAGACCGGGACGGCAUGUGUAUUUGUGUGCAUGUGUAUGAGGGAGAGAGAAGAGAGAGAGAGAUAGAGGGAAAGAGAGAGAGAGAGAGGAGGGGGGAGAAAGAGCAGGAAUUCAUGUGCAUGCGCGCGUGUGUGAACAGGGACUAGAACUGCCUCGUCUGUGAGUGAGUGAGUGGGUGUGUGUGUGUAUGUGUGUGUGUACCAGUGAUAGGGGGCUUGAUGUGUAUGAGCGUGUGUUUGCUGGAGCAUGGUAGAGAAAGAGAGAGAGAGGACGGGUGCCGUCUCAGUGUAUAUUAGAGAGGGGGGAGAGAAGCAUUUGAUAGAAUAAUGACAGUUAGGGAGGGAGGGAGAGGCGGAUUGUGAGAGAGAAAGAGAGAGAGAGAAGGGGAGCAGCGGUUGCAGUGAGUCUUGUUUGCUGAUGCCAGAGCCUGCGAGAUCAGUGACAGCAAAGCUCCGUGACCAGCUGUGCUCUGUUCACGCACCCACUCGCGCACACAUUCUGUUGCAUACACACACACACACACACACACACACACACACACACACACACACACACACACACACACACACACACCCUCACGCUGGACACUGGGCAAACGGACCGCCGUGGGACCGACAGACCACACACACACAGCGCUGAAGUGGGUCAGAGGAUCGCCAAUGUGGAGGAAGCAGCAGCUGAGUCCCCGUCCCAGGUGUGUGGUGCAGUGAUCCGGCACCAGUGAGGAAGAGCGGGGGCAUGGCGUGCCGUCCCGGCCUGGCUCUGCUCGGCCUGCUGCUCCAGCUGCACGCGGCUGCGGUCCUGUCCGAGGCUGCGGGCUGCCCGCUGCGCUGCGACUGCGUGCCCCAGCAGAAGUCGGUGCUGUGCGCCUACAAGCGUCUGAGCGCCAUCCCGGAAGCCAUCCCCGCCGACACGCGCCUGCUGGACCUCAAGGGCAACAAGCUGCGCUGGGUAGAGCACGGCGACCUGGCGGCAUUCGGGCGCCUGGAAGAGCUGGACCUGAGCGAGAACAGCAUCAGUGUGCUGGAGCCCAACGCAUUCGCCGAGCUGCGGAGCCUGCGCAUGCUGCGCCUGCGUGCCAACCAGCUCAAGCUGGUGCCCAUGGGCGCCUUCUCACGCCUGGCCAACCUCACCACACUGGACCUGAGCGACAACAAGAUCGUCAUCCUGCUGGACUUCACCUUCCAGGACCUGAACAGCCUACGCAACCUGGAGGUGGGAGACAAUGACCUGGUGUACAUCUCCAACAAAGCCUUCCUGGGCCUGGUUGGCCUCCGGGAGCUUACCAUCGAGCGAUGCAACCUGACCUCCAUCUCGGGCCAGUCGCUGUCCUACCUGCGGAGCCUGGUGACUCUGCGGCUGCGCUACCUCAGCAUAGCAGCCCUGGAGGAGCAGAACUUCCGGAAGCUGGGCGGCUUGCGGGGACUGGAGAUUGACCACUGGCCCCUGCUGGAGUACAUCUCCCCGCACAGCUUCCAGGGCCUUAACCUGUCCUGGCUGUCCAUCACCAACACCAACAUCACCACCGUGCCCACGAGCGCGCUCCGCAACCUGGUCCACCUCAGCAGCCUCAACCUGUCGCACAACCCCAUCUCCGUGCUGGAGUCCUGGGCACUGCGGGACCUGCUGCGUCUCAAGGAGCUGCACAUGGUGGGCACGCGACUGCUGCAGGUGCAGCCGUACGGACUGGGAGGCCUGCGGCAGCUCCGGCUGCUCAACCUGUCCGACAACGGGCUGGUGACACUGGAGGAGGGCUCUUUCCACUCGGUCAACACGCUGGAGACGCUGCGGGUGGACGGCAACCCUCUGGCCUGCGACUGCCGUCUGCUGUGGAUCCUGCAGCGGCGCAAGACGCUCAACUUCAACGGCCGCGCGCCGGUUUGUGCCGCACCAGUGGAGGUGCAGGGCAAGUCGCUCAGCGACUUCUCCGACUCGGCGCUCUUCGACCACUUCACGUGCCAGCGGCCAAAGAUCCGCAACCGCAAGCUGCAGCAGGUGAGUGCGCGCGAGGGCCAGCAGGUGUCGUUCGCGUGCCGCGCCGAAGGCGAGCCGGCGCCCAUCAUCUUCUGGAUCUCGCCGCAGCGCCGGCGCAUCACCACUAAGAGUGCCGGCCGCGUCACCGUGCUGCCCGAGGGCACGCUGGAGAUUCGCUACGCCCAGAUGACCGACAGCGGCACCUACAUCUGCAUCGCCAGCAACGCCGGCGGCAACGACACUUACUUCGCCACGCUCACUGUCAGCGGGCUGCCUCUGGACGCCGCCCUGGUGGUCAACCGCACGUACUACGUGGGCGACCUCAACGACACCAGCCUGAACGACACGCGCGUCUUCCUCAAGUUCACGCUGGACCUCAAGACCAUCCUCAUCUCCACGGCGAUGGGCUGCAUCACCUUCCUGGGCGUGGUGCUCUUCUGCUUCCUGCUGCUCUUCAUCUGGAGCCGCGGCCGUGGUCAGCACAAGAACAACUUCUCCGUGGAGUAUUCCUUCCGGAAGGUGGAUGGCCCCUCGGCCAGUGGAGGCCAAGGAGGCGCCCGGAAGUUCAACAUGAAAAUGAUCUGAGGAAGAAAAACAUGGUGUGGAGAUAAGCCACGGGACUCUGCUGUUACCUCCAUAGGUAGACAGGGUACAUGUGAAAAGCCACAGCUUAAACUGCUGAUAUGACUGUUUUCCUGCCCUGUGCAUAUUUUUGUGAAUAGACUUUGAUCAUUUUAAGGAUCUCCAAUUUCUAGUAGGUCUUCUAUCAACUCUCUUUUCAUCUGUUGCAUCAUUGUGAGAGCCUUCUCGUCCGCAGAAGGCUCUUGAUCAUCACCAGCUAGAGUCAGGUUUAUGAUGUCAGUAAGUCACAGGUUGUUUACAGUGGCCCCAGAACCACAUUAGUCAAUUGCUGUUUGUAGGGUAGGCUAGGCCUGAGGAUAUGCCACUGUUAGAAAACAUAUAAGCAUACCCAUGUCUAAGUGUAAAUGUGAAAACUCUCAGAGGAGGAAUAAGGGAUAUUAUUUAUGAUUUGCUUUAAAAAAAAAAAAAAGAAACAGAACUGAGGCCUUAGCUAAAGGUGAAGACUGUACAAACUCAAAGACUAGGGCUUGCUCUCUUUGAAGGACUUUUAUCAUUCCAGCGGAGGAAGUAGAAAGCAAUCUCCAUAAUGCUUACGAUGCAUUACCACAGGGUGCUCUCUGGAUGCCAAGGAAUUGCCAAUACUUCUCAAAAGUUCCUCCGACAGUAACUCAUUUUGUAAUAAGGCCCUCCUCAAUGGAAACAUACUAAUGUUCUGCCCCGAUCCUGAGAUUAGGGGAGUGUUGUUCCUGGUGCCAUCUUAAGAGAUAUUGACUGAACUUGGAAUCUUUACCUGAAAUGUAAUAGAUUUGGCUCAUUGGCGUGUUGUUUAAGAUUCUGCUUAAAAUCUUGAUGUUAUGGUCACAUGACAAAGAAAAGUUCAUUGGCCCUGAAGUAUGGUUGACCAUUAAUUCUAUUCCAGACUGAGAUUUCAAGUUUGUGAGUAUCUCUUGAGUUGGGAAGUGAAGUUAUAAGCCACACAUUUAGGACUGUCAAUCAGGUUAGUGUCAUAUUGCUAUGUACGCUAUCCAACACUGCUCAACACUGCCAAAAUAGAUGCCUCAUUGUGAUAAAAGCAUCCCUCACAUGCAAAGCAUUGUAGGCAAGACUCCUGUCUUCAAUCAAGCCAAGGAGCUAGAAAUGCUCCACACCCAAACUAUCUCUCUUUCACGCACACAUCCCCAGACUAUUUAUCUUUCACAGUCAAACAUGCACACACAUGGACAGACAGACAGACACACACACACACACACACGCUCAUGUGAGGAAGUGAAAACUUCCGUAUGCGUCCAGACAGAUGUCCUCCUUUUUACAUACCCAGCAGUAAGUAAAACCUUACUGUGCCAUGCCAACAUGUCUGGUAUCUAAAGGUGUACAGAAAUGUGGACCACUGAACAUGUGUUUUGUACAUAUGGCUGUUGUGGGUGAGUGUACAGAUUUGUUGUGUCAUUUUGAUAUUCUGUAGUGAUUGUGUUUGAUCUGUUAAAGGUUUUGUCACAACAAAGUAAUAUUUCAAAUGUUCUACUUUUCAGUGGAAGUGCUUUCAGUGGUUUGAUAUUACAAAAUGGCUCUCCUGUGAAAGUUUUGAUAGUAACUACAGCUGAUUUCUUUUGUAAAGAUAUGGUCAAGGACAUAGGCCGCCUCUCAGACUCAUCCCAGCCUUUAGAGCCUGUGAUCUACACUGCGUCCCAUUCCGCAUCCUUCUGGACUUUCAAUACCUUUGAGUGUGUAAGUGCAUUCACACUGAUAAUUCUGGCAAAAAGCACUGCACUGCAAGUAUGCAGAUGGUGCACUCAGAAUGGUCAAAAACUUAAGUGUGGAAAGCUGGACACUUUUCACGCUCAACAGUCGCCAUCUUGAGUAUGUACCAGAAGGGACGGGGCCAUUUUGAGGGAGCUGGAGCUGCAGUGGUGGAAAAUGCACGCUACAGAUGUACAAGGAAGAUAUAACAUUAAACUGUUGAGUUGAAAUUCACACACUAUGCCAUAGUGCAGACUGCCAGUACACUGCAUGACAGUGUACUGGCAGAAGUAUGCAGAAUGGAACGCAAUACUAGACAGCGUAUAUAUGUAUCCCAUGACCAUUCAGGCAAGCAUCAUUUGGUGCUGUUUUGAAAAAGCUGGCUUCUCAUCGGAAAUCUCACAGGAACCCAAUCACAUGAAAAAAGAAUAAAUGAUUUCACUCCUAAA